UAUCAUUUCCCGCGUGGGGUGCCUGGGCUGAAAUGUGAGAUCCGCGCAGCUCCUCCCCUUCCCCUCCUCUCCCUUUCCCCCAGACACAAGCCCUACUCCACGGCUUUGCAGCCUCAGUGUGCGGGAGCCUGGAGGCGGCAGCACAACCUCCCGGAGCUCGGUCCGCUUCUUCUGCCUUUCUCACGGUAGAGCUGACGGUCACGUGAAGGACUUUCAAGAAGAACUUCAUUCGGAUUACAAGUUUGAAGACUUUUGUGAUUGCAAGUGUUUCCUGCGGGGACUGCUACAGCCUCCAGCAUGGGGGAAUAAUCAGGACUAGAGCAGCGCCUCUAAAUAUCUUCCAGCCAUAUUCAUAUUUUUUAUACGUACAUUUUUUACCUCCAUGAUGAGCAUGGAUGGUUGUUCGUUGAAGGUGGUGAUAUUCCUGUGGUGCCUGCUGGUGAUUUCUGGCUCCAGCUUCGAGAUCGGCUCCUACGAGCUGGAGCGAGGCAGACCAGCCAAGUGCGAACCCAUCUCCAUCCCCAUGUGCGAGGGCAUCGGCUACAACCUGACCCGCAUGCCUAACUUCAUGGACCACGACGACCAGAAGGAGGCUGCCAUCAAGCUGAAUGAGUUUGCCCCGCUGGUGGCUUACGGCUGUGACGUGCACCUUCGCUUCUUCCUGUGCUCCCUCUACGCUCCCAUGUGCACGGACAAAGUGUCCACCUCCAUCCCUGCCUGCAGGCCCAUGUGUGAGCAGGCACGGGAAAAGUGCGCCCCCAUCAUGAAGAAGUUCAGCUACACCUGGCCCGACUCCCUCGACUGCUCCAAGCUGCCCACAAGAAACGACCCCAAUGCCUUGUGCAUGGAGGCGCCCGAGAACGAGACCAGAACGGAGGGCAAGAAAGGUGAGGGCAUGCUCCCGGUGCCUCCUCGCCCCAGGCAGCCGGGCACCAGCGGCGGGCGCUCCACGGGUGGCGGCGGCUCAUGCGAGAACCCGGAUAAGUUCCAGUUUGUGGAGAAGAGUCAGUCGUGUGCUCCACGCUGCUCCCCUGCUGUGGACGUGUUCUGGUCCAGGCGGGACAAAGACUUUGCCUUUAUUUGGAUGACAGUGUGGUCCAUCCUGUGCUUCAUCUCCACUGCUUUCACUGUGCUCACCUUUCUCCUGGAGCCUCACCGUUUCCAGUACCCGGAGCGGCCCAUCAUCUUCCUCUCCAUGUGCUACAACGUCUACUCCGUGGCCUUUAUCAUCCACUCUGUGGCAGGUGCUGAGAACAUUGCAUGUGACCGGGAGCACGGUGAGCUCUACAUCAUCCAAGAAGGGCUGGAAUCCACAGGCUGCACUAUCGUCUUCCUCAUCCUCUACUACUUUGGCAUGGCCUCUUCCAUCUGGUGGGUCAUCCUCACCCUCACCUGGUUUCUGGCAGCGGGGAAGAAGUGGGGUCACGAGGCCAUCGAGGCCCACAGUAACUACUUCCACAUGGCAGCCUGGGGCAUCCCAGCUCUGAAGACCAUCAUCAUCCUUACCAUGAGGAAGGUGGCCGGGGAUGAGCUGACAGGGCUUUGCUACGUGGGGAGCAUGGACUCUGGGGCGCUUACUGGAUUCGUCCUCAUCCCCCUCUCCUGUUACCUGGUCAUCGGCACAUCUUUCAUCCUCACUGGCUUCGUGGCUCUCUUCCACAUCCGCAAAGUCAUGAAGACAGAGGGCACCAACACAGAGAAGCUGGAGAAGCUGAUGGUAAAAAUCGGCAUCUACUCCAUCCUCUACACAGUCCCCGCCACCUGUGUCAUUGUCUGCUACUUUUACGAGAGGCUCAACAUGGACUACUGGAAGCUGAGAGGCCUCCAGGCCACCUGCGGCUCCUUCAACGGCCAUGGAGGCGACUGCUCCCUGCGGGAGUCCGUUCCCACCGUGGCUGUCUUCAUGCUGAAGAUUUUCAUGUCUCUCGUGGUGGGUAUCACCAGCGGGGUGUGGGUGUGGAGCUCCAAGACCCUGCAGACCUGGCAGGGUCUGUGCAGCAGGAAGCUGACAGACAGGACUAGCGGCAGGAAGCCGUGCAGCGGGGUGAGCUGCAGCAGCACCCACUGCCACUAUAAAUCACCCGCUGUCGUUCUGCACAUGGCUAAGACAGACGUGCAUACAGACAGUCCCACUAAUGUCUGACACCCACAAACGUGUGUGUGUGUGUGUGUGUGUGUGCGUGUGUGCAAUAGGAGCUGCUAAAAAGACACCAUUAAAGUGAGUCACACAGGUACAAGUCACGAUGGUUCACUAACAGUAUUCAUUUGCCAUAUUGUUCUGCACAAAAGUGCUGUUGGAAGCUAUUGUGGGAUUUUUGCCCUCAAAGCAGCACAAUUAGUUGUAUAAAUCUGUAUAAAUGUUUAUUUAUUGUAAAUAUAUUUAAUUUAAGUUCAUCUUUGAAUGCAUUAUUCAAGGGAGAUAAAGUGCCUUUUAUAAGAACACUGGCACAUGUUUUUUUUUGGAUGACAAUAAAUUUGUACAACUCAUGUUCAU